CUGCCCGUGUGGUCCGAUGGGAGUUGUAGGCCUCAGCCUCGGAGCGUGCUGGGAGUUGUAGUCCGCGCCCGCCUCAGGCGGGUUUGCGUGUCAUGGCCGCCCACGCCGCGCUCCAGUACUCUUCCGCUUGGCCCCAGAAAGUUUCGGUUCUGCCCAGACGUGGACCCACAAGCGCGUGCCACCAUGGAGUCUGACCUUUGCUGACCAGACCCAGGCAGGAGGCGCACAGCCAAGACAGGCGGCCUGCAGCCAUCGCCAUGGCUUCCAGCAGCUCGGAGAGCCAGCUCCAGAGAAUCAUCCGAGAUCUGCAGGAUGCUGUGACAGAACUAAGCAAAGAAUUUAAGGAAGCAGGAGAACCUAUCACAGAUGACAGCACCAGCUUGCAUAAGUUUUCCUAUAAACUUGAGUAUCUCCUUCAAUUCGAUCAGAAGGAGAAGGCCACCCUCCUGGGCAACAAGAAGGACUACUGGGAUUACUUCUGUGCCUGCCUGGCCAAGGUGAAAGGAGCCAACGACGGGAUCCGGUUCGUCAAGUCUAUUUCGGAGCUCCGAACAUCUCUGGGAAAAGGAAGAGCAUUUAUUCGCUACUCCUUGGUGCACCAGAGGUUGGCAGACACCCUACAGCAGUGCUUCAUGAACACCAGAGUGACCAGUGACUGGUACUAUGCAAGAAGCCCCUUUCUGAAGCCAAAGCUGAGCUCUGACAUCGUGGGCCAACUCUAUGAGCUGACUGACGUUCAGUUUGACCUGGCAUCGAGGGGCUACGACUUGGAUGCUGCCUGGCCGACAUUUGCCAGGAGGACACUGGGCACCGGCUCUUCUGCUUACAUGUGGAAACCCCCCAGCCGGAGCUCCAGCAUGAGCAGUUUGGUGAGCAGCUACCUGCAGAAUCAGGAGAUGGCCUCCAGCUUUGACCUGAACAGCACCUUAAACAACGAAGCACAGGAGGGCUUUGACGAGAUGCGGCUGGAGCUGGACCAGUUGGAGGUGCGGGAGAAGCAGCUACAGGAGCAGAUGCAGCAGCUGGACAGAGAGAACCAGGAGCUGAAGGCAGCUGUCAGUUUGCAGGGAGAGCAGCUGCAGAUGGAGAGGGAGAGGAGUCGUGCUGCAGCUGAGGACAACGCUCGCCUCACUUGCCUGAUGGCUGAGCUCCAGAAGCAGUGGGAGCUCACCCAGGCCACACAGGACACCGUGAAGGAGCUGAAGAAGUGCCUGCAGGCCCUGGAGCUGGGUGCAGCAGAGAAGGAUGAGGAUUACCACUCAGCCCUGCGGCGGCUGGAGUCCAUGCUGCAGCCCCUGUCACAGGAGCUCGAGGCCACACAGGACUCUCUGGGCAGGAAGAAUCAGCAUUUAGCUAAUGUCGCAGACCAGCUGUGCACGGCUGAGCAGAAGGCAGAAACGGCACUAGACACAAAGGGACAGCAAGAGUGCAUCCCCAGUGACUCAGCCCUAGAGAUCCAGCAGCUAGGCGAGAAGCUUCAAGCCCUAGAAGGGGAGAAUACCAAGGUCCAGGAGCUCAGUAGGCAGCAAAGUGCGCAGCUGGAACAGCUGGCCAAGGAGCUGCAGCUGAAGGAGGAGGCCCAGGCCAGCCUGGAGCGCCUGGUACAGGAGAUGGCCCCACUCCAAGAAGAGCUGUCUGGGAAGGGGCAAGAGGCAGCCCAGCUCCGGCAACAGCUACAGGAGGCGCUGGCCCACUUGAGCUCCCUGGAGGAAGAGCUAGCGGAGGUGAGGCGGGAGGCACAGCGGCGGUGGGAGGAGAAGGAGCAGCUGGAGCAGGAGGCCAGGUCCCUGACACGGCAGCUGCGACUCCUAGAGACCCAGCUGGCACAGGUGAGCCAGCACGUGAGUGACCUGGAGGAGCAGAAGCAGCAGCUCAUCCUGGACAAAGACCACCUCAGCCAGAAAGUGGGGAUGCUGGAGCAGCUUGCUGGGCAGCCGGGCCCAGAUCUGCCCAUGGCGGAUGGAAAGAGUGAAGCUCUGGGCCCCCUCAACUCCACCCUGCAACAGGCCUUGGAUAAGCCAGAAGAGGAGCAAAGGGAUCUGCAGGAGGGACAGAUGGACAAUACCAAGAUGCUAGGGGGCAGCCAGCAGGAGAAGCUCCAGCAGGCCAACAGGGAGCUGGAGAAGGAGCUGCAGAAUGUGGUUGGGCGCAACCAGCUCCUGGAGGACAAGCUUCAGGCCCUGCAGGCUGAUUACCAAGCCCUGCAGCAGCGGGAGGCAGCCAUCCAGGGCUCCCUGGCCUCCCUGGAGUCAGAGCAGGCCAGCAUCCGGCACUUAGGUGACCAGAUGGAGGCAAGCCUCCUGGCUGUGAGGAAGGCCAAGGAGACCAUGAGGGCCCACGUGGCAGAGAAGGAGGCUGCCCUGCAGAGCAAGGAGGCUGAGUGCCAGCAACUGCAGGAGGAGGUGGAGCAGUGCAGGCAGCUGGCAGAGGCCCGGGAAGGGGAGCUCAGAGCUCUUGAGAGCCGGUGCCUCCAGCAGACCCAGCUGAUCGAGACCCUCACAGCAGAAAAUGGCCCACAGGGGCUCGGCCCACCUCAAGACAAUGCACCCCAUGAGCUGGCAGCCCAGCUAGCCCUGUCUCAGGCACAGCUGGAAGUCCAUCAGGGGGAGGCUCAGCGGCUGCAGGCUAGGGUGGUGGACCUCCAGGCCAAGCUCCAGGCAGCCCUGGAUGACCAGGAGAAGGUACAGAGCCAGCUGAGCGUGGCUGAGGCAGCUCUGAGGGAGCACAAAGCCCUCGUGCAGCAACUGAAGGAGCAGAACGAAGCCCUCAACAGGGCCCACGUCCAGGAGCUCCUGCGGUGCUCGGAGCACGAAGAGGUGCUGCAGGCGGAGAGGGCUGAUGAGGCCCAGCAGAGGGAGGAUAAGCUCAAGGCCCUGCGGGAGGAGCUGUCCCAGGCGAAAUGCAGUUCGCAAGAAGCCCAGCUGGAACAUGCUGAGCUGCAGGAGCAGCUGCACCGGGCCAACACAGACACAGCCGAGCUCGGCAUCCAGGUCUGCACACUGACUGCGGAGAAAAAGCGGGUAGAGGAGGCACUGGCCUGCACAGUCCAGGAGCUCCAGGAUGCCAAAGAGGUGGCCUCAAGGGAGCGAGAAGGCCUGGAACACCAAGUGGCAGGCCUGCAGCGAGAGAAGGAGAGCUUGCAGGAGAAGCUGAAGGUGGCUGAGGAGACAGCCAGCUCACUGCCUAGCCUGCAGGCCCAGCUGGCCCAGGCUGAGCGGCGGGCCCAGAGCCUCCAGGAGACUGCACACCAGGACCUUGACACCCUCAAGUUCCAACUGAGCGCCGAGAUGGUGGACUGCCAGAGCAGACUUAAGGCUGCCAGUGAAGAGUGUAGGAGCCUCAGGGGCCAGCUUGAGGAACGAGGCCGGCAGCUGCAGGCCGCCGAGGAGGCUGUGAGGAAGCUGAAGGCCGUCCAGGCAGAUAUGGGAGAGAAGCUGAGCUGCACCAGCAAUCACCUUUCAGAGUGCCAGGCCACCUUGAAGAAGAAGGACGAGGAGGGGGCUGCCCUGCGUGAAAACUUGGACAGGACCCAGAAGGAACUUCAAAAAGCCACGACAAAAAUCCAAGAGUAUUACAACAAACUGUGCCAGGAGGUGACAGACCGGGAGAAAAAUGAUCAGAAGAUGCUCGCUGACCUGGAUGACCUGAAUAGAACCAAAAAGUACCUGGAGGAGCGGCUGAUAGAGCUGCUCAGGGACAAGGAUGCUCUCUGGCAGAAGUCAGAUGCCCUGGAAUUCCAACAGAAGCUCAGUGCUGAGGAGAGGGGGCUCGGGGACACGGAGGCGAACCACUGCCUUGACUGCAAGCGGGAGUUCAGCUGGAUGGUGCGGCGGCACCACUGCAGGAUAUGUGGCCGCGUCUUCUGUUACUACUGCUGCAACAACUAUGUCCUCACCAAGCACAACGGCAAGAAGGAGCGCUGCUGCCGAGCCUGCUUCCGGAAGCUCAGCGAGGGCCCCGGCUCCCCUGACAGCACCAGCUCGGGCACCAGCCAGGGAGAGCCCAGCCCCGCACCAUCACCAGCCCACGCUGGGCCCCAGGCCACCGGAGGCCAAGGUGCAAACACAGACUGCAGGCCGCCAGACGACGCCGUGUUUGACAUCAUCACAGAUGAGGAGUUGUGCCAGAUACAGGAGUCCGGCUCCUCCUUGCCUGAAACACCCACUGAAACUGAUUCUCUUGACCCAAACGUGGCCGAACAGGACACCACGUCCAACUCGCUCACCCCUGAGGACCCCGGAGACCUGUCAGUGGGGCAGGACGCUGAAAUCUGCUUGCUGAAGGCCGGAGAACUGAUGGUAAAGUUACCCCUCACAGUGGAAGAGAUCACCAGCUUCGGGGAGGGCAACAGGGAGCUGUUUGUGAGGUCCAGCACCUACAGUCUCAUCCCUAUCACCGUGGCCGAGGCAGGCCUCACCAUCAGCUGGGUCUUCUCCUCGGACCCCAAGAGUAUCUCCUUCAGCGUGGUCUUCCGGGAGUCAGAGGACACACCCCUGGAUCAGUGUAAGGUCCUCAUUCCUACAACCCGAUGCAAUUCCCACAGGGAGAACAUCCAGGGCCAGCUCAAGGUCCGCACCCCCGGCAUCUACAUGCUCAUCUUCGACAACACCUUUUCCAGGUUUGUCUCCAAGAAAGUAUUUUAUCACUUGACAGUUGACCGGCCUGUGAUCUACGACGGAAGUGAUUUCCCAUAGCCUCAAGCACCUGGAUUUUAAUAGUUUCACUUUAUCCACAGGAAACACUACUCUUCCUCACCUGUCACAUAAAGCACUAAAAAAAA